AUGGCCCUCACAACACGCUCCUCGACAGGCAUCGCACAACAGCUCGACCCCUCUCAGACUCUCCGCGCCUCUACCGCUCUUCUGAAAAAGAUCCAAUCAGACCAAGCAACCAAAACCGUAACAGCAGAGAAGCCCAGCCUACUCGCCGAUGCCGAUGAAAAUGAAGCGGCAGACGAUAUACCAGUUUGGCUAGUUCUGACCACCAAGAAGCACAUCAUCGACAAGGUGCGCUUGAAGCCGGGCAAAAUCGCGCUCCCAUACCCAUACCUCGACACCUCAGAUGCCACGUUAAGAAUAUGUCUUAUCACCGCGGACCCGCAGCGCAAAUUCAAGGACUUGAUUGCGCACCCUUCUUUCCCUCUUGAGCUCCCGACGAGAAUCAAACGGGUGAUCGGACUCGAGAAGCUGAAGGCGAAGUACAAGUCAAACGAAUCGCGGAGGCAGCUGUUGGGGGAGUACGAUGUCUUCCUGGCAGAUGAUCGGAUCGUGACAUUCUUGCCGACGGUGCUCGGCAAGGUGUUUUACAGAGGCGGUAGCAAGCGCCCUAUUCCAAUCACGAUGGAAGGCAAAAGGCAGAACUUCGACGAGCAGGGUAACAAGCGACGAAAGUUGGCCGAGGGUGGGACGAAGGUAGUAAAAGAGGAGGUCACGCCUGCGGCUGUGGCCAAGGAGGUUGAGAAGACACUUUCAUCCACGCUUGUGCAUCUAGCGCCAAGUACGACUACGUCCGUCAAAGUGGGCAAGUCGAGCAUGGAGCCGGAGCAGCUUCAGGCAAACGUGACAGCCGUCACGGAAGCGAUGGUGGAGAAGUACGUGCCUCAGAAAUGGCGCAAUGUACGAGCGGUUCAUAUGAAAGGUCCUGACACUGCAGCACUACCUCUCUAUCUGGCAGACCAGCUCUGGGAGGAUGAGAAAGACGUCCUCGAGGAGGCGCCUGCGGCGAAUCCUGGCAAGAAGAGUAAGAAGAGGAAGGCGAGUGCUCUGGCGGAGGCUGCGAAUGGCACGGAGGCAAAUCUUGAGGUGAUCGAAGUGCCCGGGCCGGACGGUAAAAUGAGGCGCAUAGAAAAGUCUUCAGUCAAGCAGAUCGAGCCUCCUGUCAAAGCGGCGAAGAAGGUUAAGGCGAAGGCGCAAGAUGAGGAUGAGGUUGCGAAGGCCGCAGAGCGAGCAGAGAAGGCUGCGAGGAAGGAAGCACUGCAGAAGCAGAAGGUCGCUGCUAAAGCGGCGCUGAAGGACGCGGAUGGCAUUGCUACGAAGAAGGCAGAGGCGAAUGGGGUGGUGAAGCCGGUGAAGGCGAAGAAGGUCAGGACGAAGGCUGCAGAUCUGAUAUGA